AUGACCGUCACCGAGCGUAAGUGGUGGAAAGAUGGCGUCGUCUAUCAGAUCUACCCCGCAAGCUUCAAGGACAGCAAUGGCGACGGCAUUGGCGACCUGAACGGCAUCAUCUCGCAAUUGGACUAUAUCCGUUCCAUUGGCGUCAAUGUCAUAUGGAUUUGUCCCAUGUACGAUUCCCCUCAGGUCGAUAUGGGGUACGAUGUCCGGGACUAUGAGAAGGUGUACGAGCCGUACGGCACGGUUGAGGAUAUGGAGAGACUCAUUGCAGAGUGCCACGUCCGAGGCAUGAGGAUCAUUCUGGACCUUGUCGUCAAUCACACCUCAGAUCAGCACGCAUGGUUCCGCGAAUCCCGCUCCUCAAAGACCAACCCCAAACGUGACUGGUACAUCUGGCGGCCAGCUCGCUACGACAGUAACGGCAACCGCAAACCGCCUAACAACUGGCUCGGCAACUUUGGCGGCAGCUGCUGGGAAUGGGACGAGACGACUCAGGAAUACUACCUACACCUGUUCUGUCCCGAACAACCGGAUCUCAACUGGGAGAACCCUGAGACCCGGCAGGCCAUCUACAAGAGUGCCAUGGAGUUCUGGCUGGAGAGGGGUGUGGAUGGCUUUAGGGUCGAUACGGUGAAUAUGUAUAGUAAGGGCGAGAUGAUGGAUGCGCCGGUCUCGGAUCCGGAGAGUGAGUGGCAGUUUGCUGGAUUCCAGUACUGCAACGGGCCCCAGAUGACACAGUACUUGAACGAGAUGAACGAAAUACUGGAGAAGUACGAUGCCAUGACGGUGGGCGAGUGUCCGCAUACGCCGGAUAUGGCUCGGGUCCUCAAGUAUGUCUCCGCGAAGGAGAAACAGCUCAACAUGGUCUUUCAAUUUGACGUCGUCGAUAUCGGCCAAGGCCCCUACAAAUUCCAGACAACACCCAAGAAUUACACCCUCCCCUCUUUCAAGCGUGCCAUCGCCCGCACGCAGGACAUCAUCCGCGACACCGACGCAUGGACCACCGUCUUCCUCGAGAACCACGACCAAUCAAGGUCCAUAUCGCGGUUCGCGAGCGAUGCUCCAGAGCAUAGGGUUGCAAGUGGGAAGUUGUUGGCCCUGAUGUGCUGUGCGUUGAGCGGGACGCUGUUUAUUUACCAGGGACAGGAGUUGGGCAUGACGAACUUCCCCAUUGAAUGGGAUAUGAGCGAGUACAAGGACGUCGACAGCUCGAACUACUACGCAAUGGUCGCCCAGCGCUCAAACAACUGCUCCAACGCCCUCGUCUCCGCAAAAGCCUCCCUCCAGCACCUCGCCCGCGACCACGCCCGCGUGCCCCUCUCCUGGUCCACCGGCCCGCACAACGGCUUCUCGCCCGCAGACUCCAAAGCCCAGCCCUGGAUGCGGCCCCUCGACGACGCGCACGUCUGCAACGCCAAGCAGCAGCAGACGGACAAGUCUUCCGUCCUCGCGUUCUGGAAGCGCAUGCUGCAACUUCGCAGAGAAUACGCGGACCUGCUUGUUUACGGCGAGUUCGACGACUUGCAUGAGGAGCACGAAGAACUGUUUGUGUUUGCGAAGACGUGGAGGGGCCAGAAGGCGGUUACAGUGCUGAAUUUUACGGACAGGGAGGUGGAGAUGAAGUUGCCGAAGGAGAUUGCGGGAGCGAAGAGGGAGUUGUUGGUGAGCAGUGUUGAUGAUGUUAUGGAGGGGGCGUUGGGGUCGUAUGAGGGACGGAUUUAUCUGCUGUCGUAG